AAAAUUACAUUUAAAUGAUGCUAGUUUUACAUUUGAUGCUGAAACGUCAAAUGCGCUAGGUUAUGGAUGGUUCCUUCAGCAUCUCUGGAUUCAGAUUCAAAUAUCACAAUCAGGGUGACAGCGAGGCUACUACUAUCUUUGUGGACUUUGCAUUGAACCGCGACGACUACGCCGAGUUCGAGCGAAGCAAGCGCGGCAAGCGUGACCCCACGCCACCGCGCAUCGAGUCGCUCACGCCGGCCUCUUUGCAGACCAUCACCGAGAAGGUGAAAAGUGAUGACCAGUUCGCUGAAGCUGCUCCUACCCUAGUCGGCUGGCUGGAACGCGGUGAAUGCAACAAGAAGAAUGCCAACGCGUUCUACUCGCUCAUCCAAGCCUCCAACAACCAGAUCCGCCGCCUCUUCAAUGAGAAGUUGGUGCUCGACGACGAGUACCAGAACAUGAAACUCACUAUGAAGGAGAAAAUCGCGCAUAUACUGCUGCAAUGAGGUGGAAAACAUAAAAGAAGAAUUUGAAACAAACUUCAAUGAGGACGAGAUUAAGAAGAUUGGGAAGAACACGGUUCCUCAGGAGAAAUACGA